AUGGCUGACAAACCCAACCAUACCGCCGCUCCGCAACCUACAAGAACCUUGGACUCAACCCACACUUCACAAAUCCCUUUCAAGUUCUCUAGGAUGCAGCCAUCUCCACUGACCUCAAUCUCACAAGCAAUGGAGCCCAACUACCACAUGACGCCGCAUCAAGCGACAACGAUGGCUAGAGAGCCGAAGAGGGCUUUCGACAUUAGCAAUCUAAUGUCUCCUCCAGAGCCGGUUCCAUAUGACAGCUUCAGCCAAGGUCAGCAAAACACGGUACAGACUGCAUCGGGCGCCAACGAAUCAUCCAAGCCCCACAUGCCCAUGUCGCCUCCAGUCUCGCCUUACAUCACAGAGUCCAGCAACAUAGCCAUUCCUGGAACUCCUGCAAAGGAUCCGAUCUUAUACCCUCGUGAGGAUGCGGCUUCCAGUCCGACACAGCCGCCUCUCUUUCCCAGCACCGAAUCCAUCGAACACAGACGCCUUGUCGACGAACACAUUGUUACGCGACCUCCUGGCCUAUUCCGCGAGGGCUCGCCUCCUCUCAGAGAAGACUACGAAUUAGCUCUGCAACUCAAGUCGCAGGUCAUGAGACUCUUUGCGAACAAGAGGAAGUCUUGGUACGAGAAGGAGAGGGACCAGGUUAGAGCCGACCGGAAGCUGAACCACGCCCGUUGGAAUAGCGUCGUGCGAUAUCAGACUAUCGCCCCAGCCAAGUCCACACCCGUCAAGGCCUCCAAGCCAGCAGUCAGCAAGCCUAGGAUUUCGUUAUCCUCAAACCCUAAGCCUGAACGUGUUGUCAAGGCUCAAGCUCCUCGGCCCAUCCGCAACAGCCCCCCGACUCGCCAUGCUCGCCGCGUCAGUUCGACUCCGGACCCUGCUCGUCGUAUCGUGGCACCGAACAGAGAAGACCGCGACUUUGCUGCCCUUCCCGAUUUUUGCCCCCCGACUUCUUCGCUGCCGGACAAGCCCAACUGCUUGAAGGUAGACUGGAAAGGCGCCCCCAUCGAUCUCAGCGACGACGCCAACGUUCACUUGCUUCACCCUGACGAGGUUAGCCUUGCUGCAAACCUUCGACUCGACUGCGCUACCUAUCUUACAAGCAAGCGACGCAUUUUCGUCCGUCGGGUCGAGUGUGCCAAGGUUAGCAAAGAGUUCCGCAAGACGGACGCUCAGCAGGCCUGUAAGAUUGAUGUCAACAAAGCUUCCAAGCUUUGGACAGCUUUCGACAAGGUCGGCUGGCUUGACCUCAAAUGGACCGCCAAAUUUCUCUGA